AUGAGGCGCGGGGGCCCCGCCGCCCUCGCCGCCUGCCUCGCCGGGGCGCUCGCCGUGCUGGCGGGGCCGGGGCCGGGGGCGGGCAGCGCUGCCUGGGGCGGCCGGCGGCCCCCCCGCAGCUACGGACACCUGGAAGGCGACGUGCGCUGGCGGCGGCUCUUCUCCGCCACCCGCUUCUUCCUCCGCAUCGACGGCGGCGGCGGCGUGGAGGGGACGCGCUGGAGGGAGCGGCCGGGCAGCAUCGUCGAGAUCCGGUCAGUGCGUGUCGGCGUCGUGGCCAUCCGGGCGGUGCACACCGGCUUCUACCUGGCCAUGAACAAGCAGGGGAGGCUCUACGGGUCGAAGGAAUUCAGCCCCAACUGCAAGUUCACGGAGCGCAUCGAGGAGAACGGCUACAACACCUACGCAUCGCUGCGCUGGCAGCACCGGGGCCGCCCCAUGUUCCUCUCCCUCAAUAGCAAGGGCAGGCCACAGCGAGGGGGCAAGACACACCGGCAGCACCUCUCCACCCACUUCCUCCCCAUGCUCGUCAGCUGAGCCCCCCCCCGGGCGGCUCUGGACCGUCCUGUAGGAAAAAAAAUGGAAAAAGGGGUUAUUUUAUUUAUGUACAUAUCUAUUUUUUUGCUAUUUAUUGUUUUAUUUUUAAACACACGGCAGAGGAUAGAUGUGGAAGGCAGAUGCUCCAGAUGCAGCCUGCAGCCGUGCAGGGACACGGCUCUCCCCACUGUCCCACCGGUGCAGCACAGCCCGGGGGAGCGUGGCCAACAUGUGCCCAGGCUACCAACGUCACAGCCCGGAGCAGGAGGCCGGUGCUCUGCUAACGGCGUCUCUGAGGGGCUGGGGCGGGGAUGGAGGCUGCAGGGCUGGGAUGUACCGGUGGGUUGUAUUUGUCUCGUGCCCAGGCACCUGUGGCAAUUAAAGCUGUGUUCGUGGUACA